AUGGAACUACUCUACCCUGCUGGCUCAGCGAACCCUUCGGCUCGUCCUCAAGGUGGUGCUGAAUUCUACGCCUCGCCCUUGCCAAUCACUGAAGCACAAACUGUCACUAUGGCCUACAGCGUGUUUUUCCCAAAUGGCUUCGACUGGGUUCGUGGCGGCAAACUUCCGGGACUGUAUGGUGGUCGAAGAGGGUGUUCGGGUGGCGACUCAGCCUUGGAUUGCUUCAGUACGAGAUUGAUGUGGCGGAAACGAGGGGAAGGAGAACUUUAUUUGUAUGCCAUGAAGGACAAGCAGACUAAGGCACUAUGCGACGACCCUCAGUCUGAAUGCAACGCUCAGUAUGGUUUCUCCAUCGGACGUGGUUCAUUUCGCUUUGCAACGGGAAUGUGGACACAUGUGGAGCAGAUUGUAACGCUUAAUACCCCCGGCAAACAAGAUGGCAUCUUCACGCUCUUUGUCAAUGGCAUUCAAGUCAUCCAUCGCGAAGACAUCUUCUACCGUGACGCGCCUGCUGGAUCUCCUCAAACUUCGGCUCCUCCUUCAAAAACAACCCAAGACAGUGGUGGUGGGAUUGGAGGACUCAUACCAACCUUGGGACUAGGACCCAUUCUCGGUGGUCUCGUCGGAAUUGCUCGGCGCUCUGUUUUGCUUGCGGAUCCGGUGCCAGUCUCAAUCGCAGAACCGACAACGCCAAUUGAGGAACUUCAUCUUCUUGCAAGUCCUGGAGGUGUCAUUCUUUCGCCCUAUUUAUCGCCUCCUCCGCUCGAGUUUCCUUCAGAUCAACGUUCAAGUGAUUCCACUUCCGCCGAUCGAACAACAUCGCCGUCUAGCGAGCAAGCUUCAAAAUCGACAUCUAAGCCAGUUGGGUUCGUUGGCAUCUUUUUUAGUACAUUCUUCGGGGGACACGGCCCUACGUAUACUACCCCCGUCGACCAAUAUGUGUGGUUUAGAGCCUUCAGCCUCACCUCUGAUGCCUAA